AUGCUCAGAGCCUUGACAGUCGUCGCCCCGUCGGCGCGGCUCCUCUCUGGGCCUGCAGCUUCCAUAAUAGCUGCUUCAAAGUCCGCUUUCAGCGCAGCGCAUGUCCUGAACAACACAAGAACCCCCAUACUCCGCCACGCUACAAUCCUCCAACUUUCGCGCGCCUUCACAUCCACGUCACCGACACGCUCCCCGUCACCCUUCCGCCUCGCCUCAAACAAGAAACCCACUCCCUCUCCCACUCCAUCAGCCGAAACUGAGCCCUCAGCAGAAGACAUCUACAGCGCUUACCAACCAAAGCGCCAAUGGCCCCCAGACAUGUCCAAGCUCUCCCAGAAACACCAGUUCCGGCUCGAACGCAAGUACCGCCGGCGCGCAGCACUGAAGUAUGCGCGGCCGAAGUUCAUCAAAGGCGUUACCCUGGCGCAGUGGGUCAUUAUUGGAUUUGUCGCGGUCUAUGCGAUUCUAUUUAUGGACUGGGAUACGAGGGAGACGCCGUUUGAUGGGCUUCGAGAGCGCGUCUUCUCCAGUAUCCGCUCUGUGUUUUCCAGUCCAGCACCCCCUAACCCUGUGCGCAGGACCGGUGAAAACAAUAACUCAGCCUCGCGGAGUGAGUCGGAGUAA